AUGGCCCCUUCUAUUGCUGAAGCUCCCAAGGCCGACGUUGUCGUGCCAGUCAAGCCCGAUGCCGUCGAAACAAAGCCCAAGAUCCGGCGAGCCAUCGACGAAGAAGGAGGAACCACCACCGCCAGCUUCCCCAAUUACCUCCCAAUCUGGGACCACUCCGAGAAAUACCCUCCUCUCGAACCCUUCACCCACACCGAGCACGGCCUUGACGCAGACCCCUCCUUCUCCGACCUCCUCGCCCCCGGCUCCAAGAUCCAGAAACUAACCCCAACAACGGGCUCCGAAGUCACCGGCGUACAGCUAUCAAAGCUAUCCACCAAAGGAAAAGACCAACUCGCCCUCCUCGUCGCCCAACGCAAAGUCGUCGCCUUCCGCGACCAGGACCUCGCCUCCCUCCCCAUCCAAGAAGCCCUCGACUUCGGCGGCUACUUCGGCCGUCACCACAUCCAUCCCACAUCCGGCGCCCCAGAUGGAUACCCGGAGAUUCACCUGGUCCACCGCAAGGGCAACAAGGGCGAGCUGGACGCAUUCUUCGCCGAGAAGAACAGCACAGUCGCCUGGCACUCCGACGUCACAUACGAGCAACAGCCACCCGGGACAACAUUCUUGUAUAUCCUCGACACCCCCGAGGUCGGCGGCGACACGGCGUUCGUGAACCAGGUCGAGGCGUAUAACCGGCUUUCACCGGCGAUUAAGGAGCGGCUGCAUGGGCUUAAGGCGGUGCAUAGUGGGUUUGAGCAGGCGGAGUUUAGUCGUCAGCGCGGGGGUGUGGUGCGUAGGGAGCCCGUUAAGAAUGAGCAUCCGCUUGUGAGGACGCAUCCGGCGACAGGGGAGAAGGCGUUGUUUGUUAAUGGAGGAUUUACUCGGAGUAUUGUUGGGCUGAAGAAGGAGGAGAGUGAUGCUUUACUCGCUUUCUUGCUGAACCAUAUCGGUCGAGGCAUCGAUUAUCAGGCGAGGGUGAGAUGGGCACCUGGUACAGUUGUUGUUUGGGAUAACCGAGUUACUGCGCACUCUGCGAUUGUCGACUGGACAACUGGCGAACGUCGUCAUCUGGCGCGGAUUACGCCGCAGGCUGAACGGCCGCACGAGACGCCGUAUGUGCCGGAGGAGUAA